CUAUUAUGCAGGAGAUGCAGUUGAUAUAUUACAACGAGCUCCCCUCUUGGCAUCUAAAGCAAUGUUUUGCUUAUUUAUCAUUCAUAUUCCCCUGUGAAUACCCGAGUGUUGAGGAAAAUGAACUAACUAGGCUUUGGAUGGCUGAAGGGUUUCUAGGGGCUGUUCAUGUGGAUUCAAAUUCGUCUUCAUCUUCUUGCUCUCCUCAGCCACAACCGGAAGAUCUGGCGCAUAACUGCAUACAAGAACUCGGCCGUAGGUCAAUCCUCAGUGUCUACACAGACAAAAGAGACAACAUGACAGAGUGCUAUUUGGAUAACGAGCUAAUCUCGGGAUUGUCAAGAUUUGUGGCUGGUAAAGACCGCUUUUGCAUGGACGAUGGUAACGCGGAUGUCAAAGAAACAAUCCCAAGAGUGGCAUUAACCAGUAAAAACUUUUAUGUUUCAAAUGGGACUCUUUCAUCCCUCAUUGAAAAUAACAAAAGUUUGCGUACCCUUCUAUGGGACGGGCAGCUUUCGAAAUUUCCAAACGGGGUAAACUUAAGAUUUUCUGCAUGUGAUGCAAUAUUUUGUGCAUUUAAGAGCCUGCGUGUGUUGAAACUAAGAGAUUUGGGCAUUAAGAUUUUACCCGUUUCAAUCGGGGAGUUGAAGAGUAUAAGAUACCUCGAUCUUUCUCGCAAUAACAUGAAGACACUUCCCAGUUCCAUUGGUAAGUUGAAGCUUUUGCAAACCUUAAAAUUGUCCCAUUGUCUGCAGCUGAGAGAGUUGCCAAAUGAGGUGAAGUACUUGGUGAGUCUUAGGCAUCUUGAAAUAGAUGAAUGCCUGCACCUUUCACAUCUGCCAGCAACUUUGAAGAAGCUCACAAAGCUUGAGACUUUAUCGAAUUUUGUGGUUAGCACUCUCAACAACCACAAGCGCAUUCUAGGCUUCAAGGAACUUGUUAAUCUGAAUAACUUGAGUGGACAGUUGGAGAUUUCACAUUUGGAGCGAUUGAAGUUUGUGGAUGGACAUCAUGAUGCUGCUGCAUAUUUGAAAGAGAAACAACAUCUCAAGCGUCUCAUUCUGAAUUGGAAUCAUGACAACGACCAUGAGGACAACAAAAGGGACGAUGAAAGAUCAUUGGAACAACUGGAGCCACAUCCAAACCUACAGCAGCUACACAUAGUAGGAUACAGCGGUGUCAAGUAUUCAUCUUGGCUCUCGUCUCUGAACAAUCUCGUUGACUUAAGUUUGAACAACUGCUCCAAGUGUGAAUCUCUUCCGUUGGAGCAAUUCCCGAAACUGAAAUAUCUCCAUCUUCGAAGACUGGACUCUUUGAAAUAUGUAAUAGAUCAAGAUGACCGUUGCAGUUGGCUGGAACCGGAACAUCUGCAAUACCUGUCAAUAACUGAUUGCCCAAAUCUCAUGAGUUGGUGGAAAGGGAAUACAGACAACAAAGCAUUAUUGUUUGGCGCUAUAAAACGAAUGGAAAUCAGGUACUGUCCCAAACUGAAUUCAUUGCCCCUGUUUCCUAAUCUUGAUGAGAGUCUGGAGUUAGAGGGCUCCAGUGUGAAACCAUUAUUAGACACCAUAAACUAUAGUGGGAUGGCAUCAAAUUCAAGUUCUGAUUGGCCCCUAUCCAGAGUGAAACAUUUGACAAUUAAAAAUGUGGAGCAACAUUCUCUUCUACCAGAAGACUGGCUUAGAAACUUCGUCUCUCUCAGAUACAUUCACAUUAGUGAAAGAAUGUCACUAAUAAAAGGCUUCAAACAUCUACAUUCACUUUCAAUCAUGAUUAUUGAAAAUUGUACACUAGUUGAUUUAUCAAGGGACGAAUGGGAGGGUCUGCAGAGCCUUGACCUUCUAAUACUAUACCAAUUAGCUAAGCUGGAGUCUCUUCCAAAAGGAAUCAAACAUCUUACAUCUUUGACUUAUCUUGAUAUUGAGACUUGUCCUGAGUUAAAAACCCUGACAGAGGAAAUAGGACAUCUCAAAUCCCUUAAAACGCUUUGCAUUAUAGACUGUCACAAGUUAGCUUCGCUUCCCAAGGGAAUGAUCAACCUCAAAUCACUAAAUUGGUUAUUGAUUAGGAGCUGCCCAUUGUUGUUGCCAAGGUGUCAACAGGGAACCGGUGAUGAUUGGCCAAAGAUUAAGCACAUCAAACAUAUCCAGUUGGUCGGUGCCUCUGAAGCCUACGACCAAUGACAUCAAUCAAGUCCAAAUUGGUUUGGCUCAAUCCCUUGAGCCUUGGGAAUCCAGCUAUUGGUAGGAAUCAGAUAUGUAAGAAAGUGUUUUGGUGUCCAAGUAUGGUUUUCUUGUACUUAUAUUACAGUUCUUCAACUAUAUAAAAUUCCGCCCUUCAUUUGAAGAAGCAUGCUUUAUGGAGCUUGUGAUGGUUCACUCUUAAAUUUUCCUUUUAAUCAAAGGUUUGUAUGUAUUAGGUCUUUACUUUGUACUCUAUUAGGCCUCUUUACCAAACCCAAACCCAUGCCAGCCUUGAGAAAUAUUCUCUUUAUCUAUAAGUUCUUACAUAAUUAAUGUCCCUUUGUUAUAUCUCUAUUUAAAGAUAACUAAAUUCUGUAUGUUUUCCUCACCAAGUUCACUAGAAGUAGCUGGCUAUGUUAUUACCUGUUCUUUAAUUUUCAGGUGGGACUUUCCUUUGAGACAUUUGGAAGAUAUUGUUUGUUACAUUGAUCGUGGAUGCACUAAUUUUAAAUUCCAAGUGUUCAUUACUUUGAAGCUAUGUAGUAUCCGCAACUAAUUAAUCCAAGUGGGGACAGAUAAUGCCAAGUUCGACAUUGAAAUGAAUCAAACAUUUCAUUGUAGAGAGUAAUCCAUGUAUAUAUAAGUCAAAAUUCUAUUAGUAAUGUUAAUGCUUACUUGCCC